AUGAGACCAACCCACAACUUGCAGAGAUGGCGGUCGGCUGUCAUCGACGAUCAUCCAUGGGGGUUGGGCUCACCCGAGAGCUGCGUCUCGAAUGCCGCCGAGGAACCCAAUUUACCAAUCAAGUUUCGAGCCAUCAAAGUACAUGCCAGCGUUAGCUUCAAGUUUGAUGUUUUCUUCUACCUUGGUCUGCUCACCGCCAACGAGUACCGGACCGGGUUCCUCCUGCCACCCGACCCCCGAAUGCUUGGUAAAAUGGCUUUCUCGACAGUGUUGUGUAGCCGACUAGCGCAAAAGCCAACAACGGGGAACGGGGACCAUGGCGCGGAAGACCGAUCGCACUUUCGAGUCGCGAUCACCCCCGUCGUCAAGACGUUCUCCAACCUCCUCAACUCCGAUCACGCCAUGUCUUUCAUCUCUUGCCGGGUCAGCUUGCUAACCUUCCAUUUCCUCCAGGGUCCAUCACCCGUUCGCAGGAGGCCGCCGUUCUACCGCUCCCGGGAGAUCAGCGGACUCGGCCUUCGAUCAUUAAAAGAGAAACCCGCGUGGUAA